AUGCAGUUCCUGCGCAAAAGUGCAUUUCUCCCAUCGAUGCACGACAAGUUUUAUUGUGUCUGGGUUUCAUUGCUUCUUGUGUCACAUAAUUUUCAUUCAUUUAUCGCGUCAUUGAAGUUUUUUUUUUUGAAUGAAAAUAUGAAAAAGGUUAGAAGACCAAAAAUUGAUGAAAAUUUCAAUCAUGACCCAUAUGCGACAAAUCCAUUGUUGAAAUUUAAUCUUCGAAAUGUGAAAAAGAGAGAAAGAUGCGAAAUUUUAAGAGAUUUCGGGAAAAAGGCAAAAAUUCAAGAAUUUACCAAACCACGUGAAAAAUCUCCCCCAUCCGAUCGAAAAUCGCAAAAAUUCUACAAAAAUGAACUUCUCAAGUACGUCAAACAAGCUCCAAUACCAAAAAUGCCUCGACGCAUCGAAACGCGAAUCAUUCACUCCGCAUCUGCGAAUUUACGUCAAAAAUAUCCAGAAAUAGUUAAAUCGUACAUGAGCUCUGUCCAUCAAGAGUUCGAUGCGAUAAUGAAAAAUUACAGCAUUCAUAAGAUUAUUCGACGAGACGACGUUACGAGUGAUGACGCCACGAAAUUUCGCGUUGCAAGAAGAGGAAAAACGGCAACUUUCGAUGUUUUCUUGAAGAAUCGCGAGAAAAUCAAACGAAAUUUGAUGAUUUUUCAUCCUUUUGUGAGAUUUAUUCUCGUUUCUUCUAUCAAAGAAUUGCCUUUGCUUUUCAUAAAUUUACAAAAAUUGGAUUUUUCGCAAGGAACAACGACACUUCCUUUACUGAAAACGAAAAUUUUGCAAGAAAUUCAGUCAAGCACGGUAAAAAUUCAGAAAAAUUGGUUCCCAAAAGUGUGUCAAGUCAUCACAAAGCACUAUAAGAAGCGAACAAUUGCCUCGAAGCAAUGGGAAAAGGCCUUAAAUUGCGCAGGAGGCCUUAUAAAUCGACAAUUGAACGAAAUUAAGCAACAAACAAUCGAAAAUUUAAUCAAAGAUAUUGCUAAAUUCUUCCCGUGUCUCGAAAUUAUUGGAAAAUGUGGCACAGAAAUCACAUUUUCUCCUUCGAUGAAUGAAAUUCGAGACGUUUUUCUUGAAAUUUUAGAUGAAAUCUUGAGUAUGGGAAGAUAUUUGAGUCCUCUUUCGUACAUUUUUGACGAAAAUGCUCAAAAAAUCAUCGGCAAACCACGUUGGAAGAUCGAAAUUGGAGAAAUUUAUCCCGUUGAAGCUCGAAAAAUGCUCAUUGAGGCUUUAGAUCAAAGAUUUUCUGAAGUAAACUCCUAUAUUUGCGCCAUUCAAGACGAUUUUCGGGAUUUAUAUUCAUCCGAAGCUUUGGAAAAGAUAAAUUUUUUUCUUUCAGUACCUCGUCAGUUCGAAGAAUGUCAAAAUAAGAUCACAGAAUUGCAAUUUUUGCUCACAAAAGUUCACGAAAUCUUGGAAAAGGAAUUUUUUCAUGGCGUUGCGAUAAUUUUUCAAGCUGAAAUUCACGAAAAAUUGUCUUUAACUGCGAAAAAUCUCAUGACGCCUCUCACUUCGAAGCUCUUUGAGUCACACAAACAAGAAAAUCUCGCCAUUUGUGAGGAAUUCGAGACAAUUAAACGCAAAGCACUCGAACAUCCAAAAUCGACGGAAGACCUUGUCGCAAACGGCGCGUAUGUCUUGCACAUUAGAAACACGUACAUCGUCGAAUUGGAGGAACGUGUCCGGAAAUCGAUCGCCAUGAUGACCACAUUGGUAGAAUUACGUGAAUUGUCGUCAUCCGAACUGUCGUUGCAGAUUCGAGUGAUUGCCUGGCUGCAAAAGUUGCGUGGCGUCAUGGAGGAAAACGCCUCCAAUUACGAACAUUUCAAGUCUUUGUUCGAGGAAAAGUUGGUGCACGUGAAAAAUUGCUUGUGCAACGACAUUGAGGAGUUUCUGCCGUUGCUGAGUGUGCUCAAUGACAUGAAUGACGACGAAACCUUGAGAGAAAAUAUGACGCUGUUGAAUUCCAUGCUCGAUAAGAUACAGCUGAUGUGCGAUUCGAGGACGUGGAUUAACAAAGAAGAAGCUUUAUUUAAAUUUCCGCUGUCGAAGUACCCGAAGUUGGAUGAUAUUGAAGAUUUUGUGGGAAAUUUUGCUUCUCUUAUAAGACGAUGCAUUCAAUGGUUUCGCAAAUAUUGGCUUUGGAUGGAUGGUCCCUUUGAAUAUCUCGAUCCAACAUUCGUUUCCAACACAACCGAAGACUUUCAACGAGAAUUCUCCAAAAUCCUCAAAUACUACAAAAGUCAAAUAAAAGCCGACAUGCUUCGCGGAUCAGUUUGCAAAUGGCGCGGAUCUCUCGACGACAAUGACGCGUUAAAUCAUCCAACUCCCGUUCUUGUGUGUCAAAGAAUGCUUCAACACAUAAAGGAUUUCCGCAUCGGCGUUUACAUGAUCGGCAUAAUGUGUAAUCCAGCAUUACGUGAAAGACAUUGGGAAGAAAUGAGUUCAAUUGCAGGAUAUGACAUCACGCCAGAUGCGGGAACGACAAUCAGAAAAAUGCAACUUGCGGGUGUUUUGGAUCUUUUGGAUCAAUUUGAGAUUGUUAGUGUGAGUGCAAAUAAGGAAUUGCAACUGCAACAAAAUUUGGAAACGAUGAUCGAGGAAUGGAAAAAUAUCAAAUUUGUAUUGAGUCCUUAUAAAGAGACGGAAUUGAUGAUUUUGACGCAAUUGGAUGAUAUUCAGUGCAUUUUAGAAGAUCACAUUGUCAAAACCCUCUCAAUGCGCGGAUCAGCUUUCGUCAAACCCUGCGAGCAAAAAGUCAAAGAUUGGUAUGCGAAACUCGUUCGUGUCAACCAAACAAUCGAUCAAUGGGGACGAGUACAAUCAAAAUGGCUCUACUUACUCCCAAUUUUCUCUUCCAAAGACAUUGUGAGUCAAAUGCCCGAAGAAGGACGACUUUUUCAGCAAGUCAACAACACGUACAAACGUUACAUGUCAAUCGUGGCACGCGAACCAAUCGUCAUGGAAGUCGCUCCUUCCGCUGGAUUACUCGAAGCAAUGGAACAAGCGAACGCCAUGCUAGAAGACAUCGAGAACGGCGUGAAUAACUACUUGGAAAAGAAACGUUUGUACUUUCCGCGGUUCUUUUUCCUGUCAAACGACGAGAUGUUGGAUAUACUCUCCGAAACAAAGGAUCCUCUGAAAGUCCAACCGCACUUGAGUAAAUGCUUUGAAGGCAUAAAUCGCUUGAAAUUCGACGAAAAUUUGGAUAUUCAUUCGAUGUUCAGUGUUGAACGGGAAGAAGUUCAAUUUUUACAAAAAAUUUCAACAACUGCUGCCAAAGGAAGUGUCGAAAAAUGGCUUUUGGAGGUACAAACUGCGAUGUUAAAGGCUGUGAAUGAUCAAAUUUUGAAGUCAUUUGAAGCUUACAUGACAGAAAAUCGUACUUCUUGGGUCUUGAAUUGGCCUGGAAUGAUCGUUCUUUGCGUUUCACAGAUUUUUUGGGCUGCUGAAAUGCAUGAUUGCUUCAAAAAACGACAAAUUUCCGCAGUUAACGAUUAUUUCGAGAAGCUAAAAGCGAAUUUAAAUGACAUUGUGACGUUAAUUCGCUCGGAAAGCAUCACAAAUUUGCAAAGAAUCACCAUUAAAGCUCUCAUUGUGAUCGAUGUUCAUGCAAAAGAUGUCGUUGAAGAGUUAAUUUCCAAAAAAGUCGUCUCAGAAACGGAUUUUAAUUGGCUUGUACAGCUCCGUUACUACCUCGAAGAGACUUUUGUCGCAGUAAAAGUCAUCACAGCUUCCGUUAAAUUCGCCAACGAGUAUUUGGGGAACUCAGAUCGGUUGGUUAUCACUCCGUUGACGGAUCGUUGUUACCGAACCCUCAUGGGAGCUUAUCAGCUGCACUUGAAUGGCGCUCCGGAAGGUCCCGCAGGCACAGGAAAGACCGAAACGACAAAAGAUUUGGCAAAAGCGCUCGCUGUUCAGUGCAUCGUCUUCAAUUGUUCCGAUUCGCUCGACUACAAAGCGAUGGGAAAAUUCUUCAAAGGCCUUGCUUCGUGCGGCGCAUGGGUUUGUUUCGACGAAUUCAACCGGAUUGACUUGGAAGUGUUGUCUGUCGUGGCUCAGCAGAUCCUUCAAAUUGUCGUCGCGGUACGAGGCAACAUGAAAACGUUCGUUUUUGAAGGAACCACGCUCGAACUGAAUCCCGCGUGUUACGUUUGCAUCACAAUGAACCCCGGAUAUGCGGGAAGAAGCGAGUUACCCGAUAAUUUAAAAGUUUUGUUUCGCACAGUUGCGAUGAUGGUUCCGGAUUAUGCGUUAAUUGGCGAAAUUUCGUUGUAUUCCUUUGGAUUUGUGAAUGCCAGAGUUCUCGCAGUGAAAAUUGUCUCAACUUAUCGGCUGUGUUCGGAGCAACUUUCGAGUCAAAAUCAUUAUGAUUACGGGAUGCGAGCGGUAAAGACAGUUCUUCAAGCUUGUGGCAAUUUGAAGAAGCAAUUUCCGAAUGAUGACGAGGAAAUUUUGCUUUUAAGAUCGUUAAUUGAUGUGAAUUUACCGAAAUUUUUGUCGUUUGAUGUUCCGUUGUUCAAUGGGAUUAUUAGCGAUUUGUUUCCGGGUGUUGAACUUCCGAAGCCUGAUUAUCAAAUUUUUAUUGAGACUUUUGAAGAGGUUUGUAAAGAGAUGAAAUUACAACCGCAUUCAAGUUUUUUGGUGAAAGUCAUCCAAACAUUCGAAAUGAUGAUCGUUCGACAUGGUUUCAUGAUGGUUGGAGAUCCAUACGCCGGCAAAUCAUCAACUUUAAAGGUCUUGGCAGAAGUUUUAAAGCGUCUCAAGCCAACAGGAGCAAAUCCAUACUAUCAAGAAGUCGAAAUGAGCAUUUUGAACCCAAAAUCUAUCUCAAUAAAUACUCUUUAUGGCGCUUUUGAUCCUGUAAGUUACGAAUGGACUGACGGAGUAGCUUCAACUUUCUUCAGAAAUUUUUCGAAUGAUCCUUCAGCGAAUCGAAAAUGGUUGAUUUUUGAUGGUCCCGUCGAUCCAAAUUACAUUGAAAAUAUGAACACCGUGCUCGAUGACAAUAAAAAGCUUUGUUUAACUUCUGGAGAGGUUAUUACAAUGUCUCCUGAGAUGUCGAUCAUCUUCGAAGUAAUGGAUUUAGCACAAGCAUCUCCUGCGACAGUAUCUCGUUGCGGCAUGAUCUAUAUGGAGCCCGUAACUCUUGGAUGGGAAACUUUUGUGAAAUCGUGGAUUGAAAGUUUUGAAGAAAGUUGGAUUGAAAAUUUAAAAGAUUAUUUGAUGGAAGUCAUUAAAUGGGCAAUUCCUGAGAGCAUCGAUUUCGUUCGUAAACAUUGCACCCAAUUUUUGUAUCCCGGAGAAACGAAACUUUUGAUGCAAACAUUGACUCUGAUUCAAAUGCAACUCAUCGAUGCCUAUGAACAAAGUACUCCAGAAGAAGCAGAAAAGUACUUGACAACAUGGAUUCAAGCAGCAAUAGCUUUUGCUCAAACUUGGGGCGUUGCAGGACUCUUAGAUGCGAAUUCUCGUCUAAAAUUUGAUGAUUUUUUGAAGAAUAUGUGGAAAAUUGAAGAGACAAAAAACUUUAAAAUUGAAAUUUUGCUUCCGACGGAAGGAUUGUUGUUCGAUUAUUUCUAUCAAUACAAGCAAAAAGGGCUUUGGAGAUCAUGGCAAGAAACGUUGAAAGCUCAAAAAGGACAAAAUUCAGGACAAAUUGUUCCGACAAUUGAAACUUUGCGUUAUAUGAAUAUUUUGGAUAUGUAUAUAAAGCAUAAUAAGACAAUGUUACUCAUUGGACCAACAGGCACAGGAAAAAGUCUCUACAUACAAAGUCGUCUCAUGUCACUCGAUAGCGGCAAAUUUCUGCCAUCUUUCAUUACAUUCACGACACAAACGACGGCGGAACAAACACAAGAAAUAAUUUUGUCGAAGCUGCACAAGCAUCGUCGCGGAAUUUAUGGCGCGCCUCCCAAAAAGGCAUGUUUACUAUUUAUAGACGACAUCAACAUGCCGACAAAGGAGUUGUAUGGCGCUCAACCGCCCAUCGAGCUGUUGCGUCAAUAUUUCGAUCACGGAAACUGGUUCGAUGCCUCCGAUGCGAGCGUCAUUCGAGUGCGCGACAUUCUCAUUUUCGCAGCUUGUGGCGUCGUUGGCGGCAGUCGACAAGAUGUUUACGCGCGUUUUUUGUGUCAUUUUAAUUUGUUUGCGAUAAAUGACUUUUCCGACGAGACAAUGCAGAGGAUUUUCACGGCGACACUUCUCGACGGCUACCGGAAGACGGGACAUGGGAACGAUGUUGUCACGAGUUGCACGAGCAUCGUUAAUGCCACGUUGGAGACUUAUAAAUUUGCGUGCAGCAAUUUAAGACCGACUCCUGCGAAGAGUCAUUAUUUAUUUAAUUUGCGUGACAUUGCGAGAGUCAUCAUGGGAUGCGCGUUGCUGCGGAAGGAAAGUGUGGGAAAUAGAAGAAUUUUUGCUCGUUUAUGGCUGCACGAAGUUAUGCGGGUGUUUUAUGAUCGUCUCGUCGAUGUCGGGGACCGAGAACGAACAUUCGCCAAACUUCUCGAUUGUCUCAAGGACAUUUUUCGCGAAAAACCUGAAGAUCUUUUGCCUGAAUUUACUUCGAAAGACUCAAAAACCGCCCUUGAUGAAACAAAAAUCGCUUCAAAUCUCUGUUUCGGUUCGUAUUUUUUCAUGGAUUCCGACGCCGAUGAACGAAAAUACGAAGAAACCCUCGAUUUGCAACAAUUUCAAGAUCUCGCGUACAAAUCUUUGCAAGAAUAUAACGCCGUUACUCGAAAUAAGAUGAAUAUCGUUCUCUUCCAAUAUGCCUUAAUGCACUUAAAUCGCAUUUGUCGCAUCUUAACAAUGCCUGAAAGUAGCUGCCUUCUCGUUGGAGUCGCCGGAUCAGGAAGACAAUCGUUAACACGACUCGCAGCGAAUAUUUUGCAACAAACAUUUUUCCAACCAGAAAUUACGAAAAAUUAUAGUUUGCAAGAUUGGAGAGACGAUCUGAAAAUUGUGCUUAAAGAAUCCGGAGGAAUGGGACGAGAUACGGUUUUUGUAAUGAACGAAGGACAAAUAAAAUCGCCCACAUUUCUUCAAGAUAUUGAUUGCUUGCUGAAUUUGGGCGAAGUGCCGAAUAUUUAUGCGAUUGAUGAAAAACAAGAAAUUUUGGAGAUGGUUCGAUUAGCUGCUCAAGGCGGGAAUCGAAAUGUUGAUAUUAGCCCAUUACAGGUCUUUCAAUUCUUCAUAAACCGCACGAAACAAAAACUCCAUUUCAUUCUUUGCUUUUCUCCGAUUGGCUCAAGUUUUCGAACUCGAAUUCGAAUGUUUCCGUCUCUCGUGAAUUGUUGCACAAUAAAUUGGUUUGAAUCAUGGCCUGAUGACGCUCUCGAGAUGGUUGCUGAGCAAUACAUUGAAACCUUAAAUGUUGAUUCUGAAGUCAAAAAAGGCGUCGUGAAAGCUUGUCAAGUUUUUCAUACUCAAGCAAUUUCGAUCAAGGAUGAAUUUUAUCGAAACACAGGAAGAAUCAUGUACAUCACAUCCGCUUCUUAUUUAGAACUCAUCAAAUCUUUCACAAAAGUCAUGGAUUUAAAGCAAAAAGAGGUAAUGGACAACAAAAUGCGCUACAUUAUCGGUUUACAAAAAUUAGACUUAGCGGCUCAAGCGGUUUCCAUCAUGCAAACCAAUUUGAACGACUUGCAACCGAAGUUGAUCAUCAUGGCGGGCGAAAGCACAAAAAUGGCGGAACAAAUCGAAAAAGAGACAAUUGACGCAUCAAAAGCAACGGAACAAGUGAAAAAAGAUGAAGUUGUUGUAAAUAUCAAAGCUGGACAAGCGCAAGAACUAAAAACUGAAUGUGAAAAAGAUUUGGAAAUUGCACUGCCAAUAUUGAAAGAAGCUGAAAGAGCUCUAAAUACUUUAAAACCUGCUGAUAUAAAUGAAGUAAAAAACUUCAAAACACCUCCGAGAAUGGUUCAAUUCGUCAUGACAGCAGUUGUCAUACUUAAAGGCGGCUCUCCUGUCAAACAAAAAGAUCCUAAAACAGGAAAACUCGAACUCGACUAUUGGCCUGCUGCAAAAAAGCUUUUAGGAGAAAUGAAUUUUUUACAAUCCUUAAUGGAAUUCGACAAAGAUAACAUUCCGCUCGAAAUAAUCAACAAAAUUCGUUCAGAUUUCAUCGCCAACAAAGAUUUUGAUCCGAAAAUCAUCAGAAAAUCAUCUCGAGCUUGCGAAGGUUUGUGUAACUGGAUAAUAGCAAUUGACAAAUACGAUCGAAUCGCCCGUGAAGUUGCUCCGAAAAAGGCAAAACUGGCAUCAGCGGAGCAAGAAUUUCAAGAAACCAUGAAUUUGUUACAAGAAAAAAGAAAUAUGGCGAAUGCCCUUGAAGAAAGAGUCAAAAUUUUGAAUGAAGCUCUCGCGGAUGCUCUUGAGAAAAAGCAACAAAUGGAAAAUGAAGUUGAUUUGUGUAAAAAGAAGCUGAUUCGAGCGGAAAGUCUCAUCAAAGGUCUUGGCGGGGAAAAAUCUCGUUGGAUAGCAGCAGCCGAGCAACUUCAAGCGGUUUACGAUGAUUUGGCGGGAGAUGUUUUGAUUUCGUGCGGCAUUAUUGCCUAUUUAGCUCCUGUUACGACAAUUUAUCGCAAUACUGCAGCAACGAAUUGGCUUGAAUUCUGUAAAAAUAUGAAAAUUCCUUGUUCGAAGGAGUAUUCGUUAAUUAAAGUGCUUGGCGCCGACAUUACGAUACAAGAUUGGAAUUUGUGUGGAUUACCGAGGGAUGUGUUCUCAAUAGAAAAUGGCAUUGUAAUGCAAAAUUCGCAGAAGUUCAGUUUGUUUAUCGAUCCGCAGGGACAAGCGAACAAAUGGAUCAAACAAAUGGAAAAGCAAAAUCAACUAAAUGUUCUGAAGUUUUCGCAGAAGGAUUAUAUGAAGACUUUGGAAAAAUGCAUUGAACAUGGAUAUUCUGUUCUCAUCGAAAAUGUCCUCGAAGAUGUCGAUGUUGCUCUUAAUUCUUUACUUUCACGCAAUACUUUCAUCAUUGCUGGACAAGAAAGCAUCUCUCUCGGCGACAAUGUCAUUGCUUAUUCCCCUAAUUUUAGACUUUACUUCACUUCAAGUCUCAGAAACCCUCAUUACGUUCCUGAAAUCUUCAAUAAAGUGACAAUUAUCAACUUUUCCUUAACACCCGAGGGAUUAAAUGAUCAACUUUUGGGCAUCGUUGUUGCCAAAGAACGUCCUGAAUUGCAAGAAUUGCGCGAAAAAUUAGUUUUUGAAUCUGCUUCGAACAAAGCCCAACUCAAAAAUGUCGAAGAUGGCAUCUUGAACAUACUUUCAGAGUCGAAAGGAGACAUUUUAGAAGACGAGGAAGCAAUUCAAAUGUUGGAUAAUUCAAAGCUGAUAGCAAUUGACAUCAAACAGAAACAAGAAGAAACAGCAAAAACUGAAAAUGAGAUUGAAAAGUUUCGACAAAGUUACAGUUCUGUAGCCAAACAUUGCACAAAUCUAUAUUAUUGCAUAACGGAUCUUCCGAAUAUUGAUCCAAUGUAUCAGUUUUCACUCAAUUGGUUUGUGAAUCUUUACAUUUACUCAAUUGAGAAUGCAAAAAAGUCUCGAGAGCUUGAAAAACGUUUGGUUUAUUUGAAAAAAGCUGCGACGAGUAAUUUGUAUCAAAAUAUCUGUCGAUCGUUGUUCGAAAAAGACAAACUUUUGUUCUCAUUCAUACUCGCGACGAAAGUUAUGAUUGCCGAAGGACGUUUGAAUUCGUCAGAACUACAAUUCUUGAUAAUGGGAGGUGAUUUAGAAGUUCCUGAGAAACUGAACCCCGCCUCUGAAUGGAUUUCUGACAAAAUGUGGACUCAAAUUUGUUCAUUAAAUCAAUUGGGAACUUCAUUCAAAGGAUUUAUUGAAAGUUUCGUAACAAAUAUCAACGAAUGGAAAAGUUAUUUUGACGUUCCUUCGCCUCAUCUUCAGGAGUUACCAUCUCCAUGGAAUACGAAACUCACGGAAUUUCAAAAAUUAUUGAUUUUACAAGCAAUAAGACCUGACAAACUCGCUGAAGCUGUCACAAUUUUCGUUGCUAAGGAUUUCGGAGAAGAAUUUGUUGCUCCGCCGCCUUUUGACAUUGCUCGUUCAUACCGAGAUUCAAGCGCUUUGAGUCCCUUGGUUUUCAUCCUAUCGCCCGGAGCUGAUCCAAUGGGAUCUUUACUGCUUUUUGCUGAGAAAAUGGGAUUUAUGGAAACUUUCAAGUUCGUAUCUCUUGGUCAAGGUCAAGGUCCUAUCGCACAAAAGCUCUUGGAAAAUGCUCAACGUGACGGAACAUGGGUCUGUUUACAAAAUUGUCAUCUCGCGUGUUCUUGGAUGCCUCAACUCGAAGUCAUUUGGGAAAAUAUGGAUGUCUCUAACACAAAUCCAAAUUAUCGUUUAUGGUUGACUUCUUAUCCUUCAGAAUGUUUUCCUGUACCAAUUUUGCAAAAUAGCAUCAAAAUGACGAAUGAACCUCCAACUGGAUUGAAACAAAAUUUGCUCAAAUCGUACAAUUCUGAACCAAUGAAUGAUGUAGAUUUCUAUUCAGGAUGCCCUCCGUUGAAAGAAACUGCUUUUACGAGACUUUUGUUUGGAAUUUGCUUCUUUCACGCCGUUGUUCAGGAAAGAAAAAAAUUUGGAGCUCUCGGAUGGAACAUUCCAUAUGGAUUUAACGAAUCAGAUUUCCAAAUUUCAGUUCAACAACUUCAACUUUUCUUGAAUACUUAUGAAGAAAUUCCGUAUCAAGCUAUUUCGUAUCUUACGGGAGAAUGCAAUUACGGAGGAAGAGUAACAGACUUUUGGGAUAGAAGAUUGAUCAGUACCAUCUUAGAUGACUAUGUGAAUUCAGAAGUUGUUGAAAAUGUGAAUUACCGUUUUUGCGAAAGUUUGGAAUUUGGAAUGCCUCAAAGAACAGAACAUCGAAAAGUUGUAGAGUUCAUUGAAGAAAAUGUUCCGCUUAUGCCAAAUCCUGAUGUUUAUGGGCUUCAUCCAAACGCAGGAAUUCAACGAGAUCUCAAUACUUCUAAUUUGUUAAUCGACUCAAUGUUUCUCGUUCAAGGAAAGGCAUCUGGAGGAUCAGAUACUGACACAGAUAAAGCUUUGAUGACGUUUGCCAUUGAAAUUGAAGCAAAAUUACCAAAACCUUUUGAUUUGGAAGAAGUUAUCAAAAAAUAUCCAAUCGAUUAUAACGAAUCAAUGAACACAGUUCUCGUACAAGAAAUGGAACGUUUCAAUAAGUUACUUGUAGAGAUCAAAACAACUUGUGUUGAAAUCCAAAAAGCUAUCAAAGGUUUAGCUGUAAUGACUCCUGAACUUGAAGCUACAUGUUCAUCCAUUUUGUUCAAGAAAAUUCCUGAAAAAUGGAUGAAAAAGUCAUAUCCAAGUCUUAAAAUGGUUGCUUCAUACAUCACGGAUUUCCUUGAAAGAUUGAAUUUCUUACAAACAUGGAGUGAAAUGGGAAAACCUUCAAGUUUUUGGCUUUCAGGAUUCUUUUUUACUCAAGCGUUUUUAACGGGAGCCAUGCAAAAUUAUGCACGAAAGUAUCAGAUACCAAUUGAUACAUUAACAUUCGAUUUUGAAGUAUUAAAGACGAUGAAUACGAAAAUCCCGCCUGAAGAUGGCGUUUACAUUUACGGCUUGUUCAUAGAUGGCGCUCGUUGGUUGCUGCAAGAAGGAUAUCUGGAUGAACAACUACCAAAAAUCCUUGUCGAAACAAUGCCUUUGAUGCAUUUUAUCCCUACACUCAUUUCUAAUCUCAAGGAGACAGGACGUUACAAAUGCCCCGUAUACAAGACGAUGGAACGUCGAGGUACGUUAUCAACCACAGGCCAUUCUACAAACUAUGUCUUAACGACACUCAUAAAGACAAGAGAUCCCGUAAGUCAUUGGAUAAAACGAAGUGUCGCUUUGGUGUGUCAAACUUCAGACUAA